UGACCCAUAGCGGCCCGCUCCCCCCGCGCCGCCUGCAGGUCCCGCAGCAGAACAAUCAGCGAUUCUGCGCGCCACUGACUCUUUGUAUGGCAGGGAGAUGAGGGCAUCCGUGCCACCCCCUCCCGCACUCUCCUGCUCGGGAAGAAAAUGCCCGCGGGUGGGGUGAGGGAAACAUCUGGCUUUGUGAUCCAGGCCUUGGGGAACUGUGUCGCUGAGCGCAGAAUGCCGAAUUGGGGAGGAGGCAAGAAAUGUGGAGUGUGCCAGAAGACGGUUUACUUUGCGGAAGAGGUUCAAUGUGAAGGAAACAGCUUCCAUAAAUCCUGCUUCCUGUGCAUGGUCUGCAAGAAGAAUCUGGAUAGCACCACAGUGGCUGUGCAUGGUGAGGAGAUCUACUGCAAGUCCUGCUACGGCAAGAAAUAUGGGCCAAAAGGUUAUGGCUAUGGACAGGGUGCAGGCACACUGAGCACCGACAAGGGGGAGUCGCUGGGCAUCAAGCAAGAAGAGGCCCCAGGCCACAGGCCCACCACCAACCCCAAUGCAUCCAAGUUUGCCCAGAAAAUCGGUGGCUCGGAGCGCUGUCCCCGUUGCAGCCAGGCUGUCUAUGCUGCUGAGAAGGUGAUUGGUGCUGGUAAGUCCUGGCAUAAGUCCUGCUUCCGAUGUGCCAAGUGUGGCAAAGGCCUCGAGUCAACCACCCUGGCCGACAAAGAUGGCGAGAUUUAUUGCAAAGGAUGCUAUGCUAAAAACUUCGGGCCCAAAGGCUUUGGCUUUGGGCAAGGAGCUGGGGCCUUGGUCCACUCGGAGUGA